CGGGAGCCAGGCAAGACACUCGAAGCUCACUUUACAGAGGGAAAGUACCCGCUGUUAUAUGAAAGCGAGAAACGCGUGGCGUUCCCUGGUGGGGAGUCGGCGGAGGAUUUGACGAGGAGGGGUGAGUCAGCAGUGAAGGAUGUUGUGCUUCCUCAUGUAGUGAAUGUUGCGAGGUCUGAGAGGGACGAGCAUAUCGUACUUGUGAGUCAUGGGUUGUGUAUGGCGCAAUUGGUAGGCGCAAUCGUGCGAUUGGGUGGGGGAACAUGGAAGCGAAAGGGACCCACGGUUAAUACGGGAUGGGUGAGGGUAGAGGUGCGGAUUCAG